AUGAAAGUCAAGCUUCAUAUUGUAAGAAAUGUCCGCUACCACCGUAUCCUUUUUUCGACUCUUCUCGAUUGGGAUGGACAGAAGGCGGCAAAACCGUUGAACAGACAAGGGGCUUGGGGUUUCGAGACAAAGGAAGAGCCGUUCAAAAAUAGCCCAGUGGCGUUUCAUGUCUUUCGGUGCCGCAUUUUUGGUUUGCAAAUUGUAAUCAGAACGGAACAUAUAAUUUUAACGACGGACGCUCGUGAUGGGGUGUACGGUGAAUGGCUUUUGAAAGAAGUCGGUUGGGAAAGAGAUGGAUGGGACAUGGUGGCAGCUGACACACGUUGUCAACCGUAUCCUCGGGUUGGAUUUUUAUUUUCAAUGUUCUCGAGUUCAAACGCACUCGGAGAUCUUGAAGAGCACAAUAUGGCGGAAGGGGGAACAAUUGUUGGCUCCCGCCACCUUGUGGAUGGACGAAUGACAGCCCGCUCGAACAUGACGCGGAAGCAGGCACAGGCACGUUUCAGUAUAUAUAAGUAUACGCAACGCUUGCUGAUGAAUAAAGGUCCCUACGGUCUAUAUGGUAACCUUGUCCUUUUCAAAUUACGGAGUCCCCAAAACCUCGUACAUCCUGCCGAUCAACAAACUGGACUCGGAAAACAGCUGGAAUGGGUGUAUCUACCCAAUGGCGUGAGGCUGAUCAAGGUGGCGCGAGGUAAACUGAAUAGUGUCUCCACCUCGGAAUCCUCUCUGGAACCGCCAAGUACCACCCACCGUAAUAAGGACCUAAAGUCAUUGGAUUCUCCUUGGAAGUCGGAAAGGGCACACAGCGUGGGCCCCACGUUGAUCUACGCCUCCGUCUACAUUGCGUUCAAGUCUCUUCUAAAUGUUUCACAACCUCUCGCAGCUGAGGCGGCCAUUAACCCGUUCCUCCAGCGUAUUUUGAGGAGUCGUGUGCGCCCCGAGGCUCGGCCAAUUCGCAAUGUUUUCCCAAUGAAAUACCGUGGUUGGGGUGGAAGCAUCUCAUUCUAUUUCGGCACGAACGCGAUACUUGUAGCAAGAUUCUCGCUCUUUCAUAAAGCUUUUACGAAAGGGUUGUGGAUGCAAGGUGGACAUGUGCAGAGGCUAGGCGACCAUGGGAACGCUUCUGCCAAGAUCAUCAGUGACUCACUGCCAACCGAGCCUGCCAUAGAGCUUGAAGUUCCUCCGGAGCUGGACUCAACGAAGAUUAAUCAUCUGAUGACAAGUGCGAUGACCGUCCUGUUCACAUAUACUAAUAUCUUCAGCUAUAUUUUCCACCGAUGCGCUAGUUUCUUGGUGGUAGUCCACUCUUGA